AUGGCCAUGCGUCGGAGCAGCAUUUUCGUCGUCGCGGGCCUGACGGCAUGCGGUUGGGCGGAGGCGCCAAAAGCGGCCGCCGACUGGCUCGCCAUCGACUACCACAAGGCUCCCGGCCUCAAGCCCGUCGUCCAUGAGGGCGCCGUCUACUCUUGCGUCCGGCUCAUGCUCCGCCCGGAGGACGGCGGUGCGAGCAAGGGCACGUGGGAGGUCACGGCCCGCAUUCAGCACCCGAUGAAGCUGCCGUCGUCGUACCGUUCCGCCAAGCAGGCCGAGGCGGCCUGCGGGGCGGCGGGCGGCACCUUUGUGCGGCUCGACAAGCUGCAGAGCUUCAUCAACGGGGCCGCGAGCGAGUCGCCCGCCAAUGCAUCGGCGUCGUGCACGGAGGCCGAGAAGGAGCCGGCGGCGGAGGCAAGGGAGGCGCCGAGCUCGAGCGAGCUCGCGCGCGCCGUCGCGCAGUGGAACGACCGCUUCUUCAACAUGGACACGGCCGUGACGCGCCAGAACGCCGACCGCUUCCACGGGCGCGGCACCGAGCACAAGCACCUCGCGCAGGAGGUGACGCACCUCGUGAUGCCGAAGGCGGUGCAGCAGCGCAUCCUAGAGCGGCUGGCGACGCACCGCGAGGCGCUCUUCGGCGACGGCGGCGCCGGUCAGGGCGGCACCACCGGCGCCUACUUCCUGGCGGGCAACGUGGGCUUCGGCAACGCCAACCAGGGCGCCAACCUGAUGGACCUCGUCUUCCCGCCCGACCCGAGCGCCAAGAAGGCGUCGUCGGGCGGCGCGCUGAACGGCGACGGCGACGCGUACGCCAUCAAAAAGGGCGGCAAGCUCUUCGGCGAGAUCGACGACGGGAGCGGCGCGCCCGCGGCGCGCCCGCCCGACCUGCUCGCCUAUGAGGAGGAGGUGCGGCGGCUGCUGAUGCAGAGAUCAGACGUGGACUACCUCUUCGGCGACGAGGUCGAGAUCGAGUGGCAGCACCGCCUGUGGCGCUACGGCCCCAACUUCGACCCGAAGGCCAAGGGCGGCAUCUGGCACAAGGACACGUGCCCCUUCGGCAUCAACGGCGCGCUGCCCGAGAACAGCGUCAUGUUCACGAUCGUCUACAUCCUCUACACGGAGAACCUCGACGGGCCGACGGCGGGUACGCGCGUCAAGGACGACGACGGCACUUCCAUCUCGCUGCCGUGCGUCGCUGGCGAGGGCAACGUCAUCCGCUCCGGCGAGAGCGACAGCGACGCCUUCUUCCACUCCGGGCCGCUCAACAUCCGCAAGCUCGACCAGUCGCGCCCGGCCUACCGCGUGAUGCUGCAGUCAAAGGCGCUCGUGCGCCCCGCCGACGGGCGCAAGCGCGCCAUCCCCUCCAAGGGCAACUGGCGCGGCCUCGGCAUCGCGCCGCUCGUCUUCGCGGCCGACGCCAAGCCGGCGGAGCAGGUGAGCGCCCUGGGCAGCUGGCUGCAGGCGGCGUCGGCGCGGCUGACCAAGGGCGUGGGCGAGUCGAACGCGGUGGGCUUCGAGGCGUACCCCGUCAACGUGGGCCGCGCGUGGGCCGUGACGGCCGACCUGUGCGCCUUCCUCGGCGUGCAGACGCUCGGCCUGCUCCCCGAGCCCGACAGCCCCGCCACGCCCGUCGUCGUCUUCGGCUGGGACCAGCGCUACACCGAGGAGGUCGUCGACGCGCUCAAGGGUAGCUCCUUCCGCGUGCUCAACGUCGCCUCCGACAGCGACUUCGCCGCGCUGCGCGAGGCCAAGCAGGAGACGUACUCUAACCUGCAGACGGCCGACAUCACCGCGACCGACAAGGUGAGCGCGAUGCUGCAAUCCUAUCCCUACGACCUGCACGUGGUCCUCGACGUGCCGCCCGUCGGCGAGCGCUCCAUCGGCGAGUCGGUGCUCCAGCGCUACGGCAGCGCGCUCGCGCUCAUCGCCGCCAAGGGCCGCGGCGAGGGCCGCCUCUGCACGAUCACGCUGCUCUCACAGCAGAUGCCGACGUCCGGCCGCGACUCGGCCGGCAAGCCGCCGCCGAAGGGUCAGCCGCUCUCGAAGGUGCAGAAAGCCUUCCUCGCGCUCGAGAAGGAGCUCGUCGACUUUGGCGAGACGCACGGCGUGCGCGUCGUGAUCAUGCGCGUCGCCGACCGCGUCUACGCGCCGUCCGACUCGGCGCUGAGCCGCCGGGCCUCCGCGCCCGGCAAGCGGCCCAACCCGUGCCGCGUCGAGACGUGCGCCGAGGCCGAGCCGAUCACGCGUGUACACUCGGAGGACCUGGGCCUCGUGCUCAAGCGCAUGCUCUCCAUGUUCGACAUCGUCGAGACGCACGGCAUGGACUCGUCGCUGCGCGGCACCGCGUCGAUGGCGAGCUCGAUCAGCCGCUUCCCUAGCGGCACGGUGCUGGAGGUCGUCGACGACGCGCCCGCGUGGUCGAUGCUCAAGGCGGACCUGCUAGCAAGCGUCAUCAUGGGCCAGGAAGACAUCUGCCAGUCGUCGUGCGCCAACGUGACGGGCUCCAUGCCCGAGGCGAUGGUGGCGCACCGCACGGCGAGCGGGCGCAACGCCGAGCUCAAGGCGGCGCUCGGCAUGCCGCAGCUGCGCUACCCGACGAUGCACCACGGUGCGUCCAAGAUGUUUGCCGCGGGCGAGCUCUGAUGGGCGCGACGGCAGGAGGCGACGCGGCGUGCGCGUGCGCUGCGGUGGCAUCCCGGCGACGAGGACUACCGGUGGCAGCCAAAGAAGAUCGAGGCCUUUGCUGGCCAGCCCGUCGUCGCCGUGUCGGCUGGAGGCGAGCACAGCCUCGCCCUGACCGACGACGGCGCCGUCUGGAGCUGGGGCUUUGGACUCUUUGGCGAGCUGGGCCACGGCGACCAGCAGAUUCAGCUGCUGCCAAAGAAGGUCGAGGCCUUGGCUGGCCAGCGCGUCGUCGCCGUGUCGGCUGGAGGCGAGCACAGCCUCGCCCUCACCGCCGACGGCGCUGUCUUUACCUGGGGCGAUGGCGGACUCGGCCGCUUAGGCCACGGAGAGGACAUGUCGGACCAGACGCUGCCCAAGAAGAUCGAGGUGUGGGCGAGCCGGCCGAGCACGCCAGCCUACUGGCUGCCAGCCUCUUCUGACGGCAGCGAGGAGGACGAGUAGCUGAAAUCGACGGGAGGAUCGGUUCCUUUCAUUGCGGGCGAGGGAGCGCCGCGCGUCCAGACACCCUCAGACAGCCGCACAGACUGGUGGUCCCGACAGAGACACCCCGGUCCGCGUCGGUAGUUGCGUGGUUCAUGCAUGGGUCCAUGCGGCCGCCUGUGGUGUUCACGCGAGCAUAGUUUUCCAGAGACCCAGUCUCAGAGACGAGAGAGCAUCGUAUUUUUUGCGC